UUGUCUUCGUUUGUCUCCUUUUGACGGUCUUCUCAACCAUUUCAGUUUACUGCUUCACAACUAUGAAGUUUAUGCGACAAAUGGGUUACGAUAUAUGGAUGCAUUGGUUGCGGCCCUAUUUAGCUCAGAAUUCGUGGCCAGACUAUGGUCCUCGUCGUGUAUAUCUCACUUCUUCGGAAUCCAUUUCGCAUAAUCGAUAUAUUGACAUACACUAUUCGUGUACUUCCGAGGCUUUCGCUUUUUCCAAGUCUUUCAAAUGCUUCGACUCGAGCACAGGUUCCGUCCCUGGCCUGUCAUGUCCUCUGUUGUGUGGCAACAAAGGGAACACU